AUGAUGUCCCUGUGUCUUCAGUGCCCACCUGCAGCCAUGUCAUUUCUACUCUCUUCACUGGUGUCUUUCUUAAUCCUACCAACUCCUUUAUGGGGCCAGAAGAGUGACACUAUAGCUCCAAAAGCUAGUAAUGGGGCACCAUUUCCUUGGACUAAAAUGCGGCUUCCUGAGCAUGUCAUCCCGGUUCAUUAUGAUCUCAUGAUCCAUGCAAAUCUCACCACUCUGACCUUCUGGGGGACCACAGAGAUAGAACUCACAGCCAGCCAGUCCACCAGUAGCAUCAUCCUGCAUAGUCACCACCUGAAGAUAUCGAAGGCGACCCUCAGGAAAGGGGCUGGAGAGCGGCCAUCUGAAGACUUGCUAAAGGUCCUAGAAUACAAACCUCAUGAACAAAUCGCCCUUCUGGCUCCCAAACCCCUCCUCACCGGCAUCCCAUACACAGUGGUGAUUGAUUAUGCGGGCAACCUUUCUGAAAGUUUCCAUGGCUUUUAUAAAAGCACCUACAGAACCAAGGAAGGGGAAGUAAGGAUACUUGCCUCUACGCAGUUUGAACCUACUGCAGCUCGAAUGGCCUUUCCCUGCUUUGAUGAACCUGCCCUGAAAGCGAGCUUCUCAGUCAAGAUCAGAAGGGAGCCCAGACACGUUGCCAUCUCCAACAUGCCCUUGGUGAAAUCUGUAACUAUUGAUGAAGGACUUAUAGAAGACCAUUUUGAUGUCACUGUGAAGAUGAGCACCUACCUGGUGGCCUUCAUUAUUUCGGAUUUUGAGUCUGUCAGCAAGAUGACCAAGAGUGGAGUCAAGGUUUCUGUAUAUGCAGUGCCAGACAAGAUCAAUCAAGCUAAUUAUGCUCUGGAUGCUGCUGUGACUCUGCUGGAAUUUUAUGAAGAUUAUUUCAGCAUUCCAUAUCCUUUACCUAAACAAGAUCUUGCUGCUAUUCCUGACUUUCAGUCUGGUGCUAUGGAAAACUGGGGGCUGACAACUUACAGAGAGUCAUCUCUGUUGUUUGAUGCAGAGAAGUCUUCUGCAUCAAGUAAGCUGGGUAUCACAAUGACUGUGUCCCACGAACUCGCCCAUCAGUGGUUUGGCAACCUGGUCACCAUGGAAUGGUGGAAUGAUCUUUGGCUAAAUGAGGGAUUUGCCAAGUUUAUGGAGUAUGUGUCUGUCAAGGUGACCCAUCCAGAGCUGAAAGUUGAAGAUUAUUUUUUUGGCAAGUGUUUUAGUGCAAUGGAAGUAGAUGCAUUGAAUUCCUCACACCCAGUGUCCACACCUGUGGAGAAUCCUGCUCAGAUUCGGGAGAUGUUUGAUGAAGUUUCUUAUGAAAAGGGAGCUUGUAUUCUGAAUAUGUUAAGAGAUUAUCUUGGUGCCAAGGCAUUUAAAAAUGGCAUUGUGCAGUAUCUUCAGAAGUAUAGCUAUAAAAACACAAAAAAUGAAGACCUGUGGAAUAGUAUCGCAAGUAUUUGCCCUACAGAUGGCAAUCAAGAGAUGGAUGGCUUUUGUUCUAGAGACCAGCAUUCGUCUUCAUCCUCGCACUGGCGUCAGGAAGGCCUUGACGUGAAAACCAUGAUGAACACCUGGACACUGCAGAAGGGCUUUCCCCUGAUCACCAUCACAGUGCGAGGGAGGAACGUGCACAUGAAGCAGGAGCACUACAUGAAGGGCUCCGACGAGGCGCUGGAAACUGGACAACUGUGGCAUGUGCCCUUGACGUACAUCACCAGCAAGUCAGACUCAGUCCAGAGAUUUUUGCUGAAGACAAAAACAGAUGUGCUCAUCCUCCCAGAAGAAGUGGAGUGGAUCAAAUUUAACGUGGGAAUGAAUGGCUAUUACAUCGUGCAUUAUGAGGGUGAUGGAUGGGACUCUCUGACUGGCCUCUUAAAAGAAGCACACACCGCCAUCAGCAGUAAUGACCGUGCCAGCCUCAUCAACAAUGCGUUUCAGCUUGUCAGCAUUGGAAAGCUACCCAUUGAAAAAGCCUUGGAUUUAACUCUGUACUUGAAACGUGAAACGGAAAUUAUGCCUGUGUUUCAAGGUUUGGAUGAGCUUAUUCCUAUGUAUAAGUUAAUGGAGAAAAGAGAUAUGAAUGAAGUAGAAACACAGUUCAAGGCCUUUCUCAUAAGGCUGCUGAAGGACCUCAUCGACAAGCAGACCUGGACCGAUGAGGGCUCGGUCUCUGAACGAAUGCUGCGGAGCCAGCUUCUCCUCCUUGCCUGCGUGCGCAAGUACCAGCCGUGCGUGCAGAGGGCAGAAGGCUAUUUCAGAGAGUGGAAGGGAUCCAAUGGAAGUAUGAGCUUACCCAAUGAUGUGACCCUGGCGGUGUUUGCUGUGGGAGCUCAGAACACUGAAGGCUGGGAAUUUCUUUAUAAUAAAUAUCAGACUUCUUUGUCCAGCACUGAGAAAUACCAAAUUGAAUUUGCCCUCUGUACAAGCCAAAAUAAGGAAAAACUUCAGUGGUUAUUAGAGACAAGUUUUAAGGGAGAUGUAAUAAAAACUCAGGAGUUUCCAAGCAUUCUUCAUCUUAUUGGCAGAAAUCCAGUGGGAUAUCCUUUGGCUUGGCAAUUUCUGAGAGAAAACUGGAGUAAACUUGUACAAAAGUUUGAACUCGGUUCUCCUUCCAUCGCCGGCAUGGUGAUGGGGACCACAAAUCAGUUUUCCACAAGAACACGGCUUGAGGAGGUAAAAGGAUUCUUCAGCUCUUUGAAAGAAAAUGGUUCUCAGCUCCGUUGUGUCCAACAGACAAUUGAAACCAUUGAGGAAAACAUACGCUGGAUGGAUAAAAAUUUUGAUAAAAUCAGAGUGUGGUUACAAAAUGAAAGCCUUGGGCUGCUGUAA